AGGAAUUGGAGGCCAUGAAGUUGGUCCACCCGUGUUUGAAAUUCCGACUCUUACUGCGAAGGGAGGGACAAGUGUAACCGGAAGUGAGUUAUAAUUCCCUUUCGUCGGCACUUCCGAAUAAAGAAUGGCGGCGGCAACAACACCAGCGGCGCCUGAGCAGCCACCAAAAGCCCCACCGGCGGGGGCCGUGCCCUUUGACUUCUCCCAGCCCCCGGUCAUUGAAGGCUUCACUCCUAUGCAGAGGAUGAAAGAUGAGACCUUUAAGGAAAAAUUCAUACGGAAAACCAAGGACAACCCCUUCGUCCCUUUAGGCUGUUUGGGGACCGCGGGGGCGCUGAUGUACGGUCUCCGUGCCUUCCAUCAAGGGAAAACCAGACAGUCCCAGAUGUUGAUGAGGGGCCGCAUCUUCGCUCAAGGCUUCACCGUAGUUGCCAUUAUUGUGGGUGUCUUCACCACAGCCCUGAAACCCAAACAGUGAAGGCUCACCUCUGCCACGUCCAGCCGACUUGGAAUCGGAUCAGAGCAGAUCCAUCUUGAGAGUUUGGACUCUCUGAACGAAACUUACACAAACGAUGGGCUAGUGUAUAACUUCAUUCAGCUACAUGUGUUAAAGGAACAUCGUUAUUUAUUGUUUUAAGCAAAAGGAACUGUGAAUUGCACAUGGUGGGAAAGCGUUUUGGGUCAAGCCUGCAAAGUAGCUUUUUCCCAGAUCUAAUAAAGAAGCUGCUCCUGCUAAAAUAAUGUCAAGGCUUAACUCACAGCCUGUGUAUUGUUUUUGGAAUAAUCCUAUAUAAACUUUACAUUGAAUUUUCUGUCUUUGUGUUUUUGUAAACCAUCACCUUGAUCCCUCAUGAAUUUCAAUUCAUGUUCGAACAAAAACAACUUUUGCAGCAGGGACACAAAGAUGGUUUAUGAACUGGAAUAAAAACAUAUUUGCACACCAAAUAAACUCAGGUGAUCACUCCACUUUUUUUAUUUUCCAGUUUCCCUUUUGACAUUCAGGUUUCAAUAUUCGCAAAGUCCAAAUAGGCAACGCGUGAAGCAAUGUGCAGACAUCACUGUUUAAAACAUUUUAAAAGAACAUAAAAGUUUAAAAUGCGUUGGUGUUUCACAAACUUGGUUCAACGUUUUCUUGAUAUUCUAAAAAAAAAAAAGAAAAUGAAAUGGGGAACAAUGAAAGUCCUGAUCUAAAAUUUAGACAAAAUGUCUUUGGUUGUGAGUUGUACUUUUAUUUUAAAAUGGAAUUCUGUCCAAUUAAAGAGAAAAUAAACAUCUGGCUUACUACUCAAAAGUGGAGUAAGAGCUCGACUGGAAAGGCCACAGGCUUAUAUUGGUGAAAGAGAAACAAGUAAGCUACUUAAAUGUAGUAUUUAGGGACAUCAUGCAAUAAAAAGUGAACAAAGUGUUUGUGAUACUAUGAAUAUAAGAGGCAUAAGUGGUUACAAUCUAAUCUGUGUUUGACCUACAUGUUAGUUUAGAAAAACAACCGAAAACUGGGAGUCCAACAUUUCAGCAAAGAAAACAAUAAAGUUAACUUCAUUUUUAAGUUAAGGGGCAUAGGAAAUAUUUAAACUUACAGUAACAGUGUUCUCUCAGGAAAGAAGAGAUAAUGCUGAGGGGCUAAAGAAUGGUGUAACAUCAGAGCUACCCAUCUGCUCAAAGGAGCGUCAGGUGGAGCACAUUGUUUCAGUACGAUGGGCACCGAGAAGGCAGG